UCCAUCUUUCAUGCUCCUUCCUUUUCGAGAAUCUGGUCAUCCAAAAUAAAGUGUGACGUAGAGCAGGAGUUUAGGCCCAAACUCCGGAGAUUGCGCGACUGCGACCAUGACCACAACCUUCCUGACUUGACGACGACUGUCUAAUAUGGCACGCAAACAUGGACAAGAAAGAAAAGAAAGAGAGGAAAAACUCUAGCCAUCAUCGCCCACACCGUCACCAUCAUGCGCGCGACACAAUCACAUCAGCCGUUCAACUGCAACAUCCUUUCUCCUUCGAGAACUACAAUCCUUUGCGACGAGCUCAACACCAUCAUCACCACAGGUCCCGUCGUGAUCGAUCGCCAGAAAAGUCGGAUGCAAACAAAGACGGCACCAACGACGAACAAGAGCAAGAACCCCCCAAGCCACAAUGGUCGCCCGAGGUAGAAUAUGCCGUCGACCAUCCGCCGCGUCGUCUCGUCACUCCCGACACCAUUGCCCUCGAGCGCCAACUACGUGAGCGACGCCAGGACCAUGUAUCUUCCGCCUUGAAUGCCCUGUCGCGCGACGCACACACGGCCACCCGGAAGUUGGACGACACAUACUAUGCUCUGCUACAAAAGGUCGGCCUGCUCAAAGCCACCAUCGCUUCCUUCCAAGACCUGCACUCCUGUCUCGACGAAACCACACAAGAUUUUGCCACACGAUCAGACUCACUCGUCAAGGACAUCACUGGUCAGAUCGACGCCUUCCAAAACAUGUCACAGCAGGACGAGUCCAUCGACCAGCUAGUCAAGCGAUUACACAAAGCUAAGGAACGAGCAGAGUCCUUCGAAUCCAGAUUGGAGUCCUGUCGUCUGCGUCUGGAGCAAUGGGAAAAGAAAGAGCAAGAAAAGAACAAACGCAACAACCGCACCUGGGCUUUGGCCUUGACUGGCCUGACCGCCUUCGUCAUUCUCAUUCUCGCCAUCGUGUUAUGGAGGAAGGGUUCACUUGCUUCUGUCACAGAGAAGCCUUCAGAGUGGAAGGAAGCUCUGGGUCUCGAGAGAAACAAGACUGCCCCUGGUAUACACCUCGCCGACCCCAAGGAAGAAAAGUUACAGGCCAAAGAAGCUGCAAAGUGGGAUAGGUUGCUUGACGAACUAUGAGUACAAGCUUCUGAAUCCACACUAUUGUUCUCCUUCUCCACGGCUCGUUUGACCACGUGAAGAUGGAGCUGUCAUACUCUCACUGGAACUAUAGAGCUCACAGCAGAACACCUCACG